AGAGAAUUAACAAUGGCUACUACUAUCUCUUACAAUUUGAGAAGUCCAGCUGUAAAACGCCUUUUACAAGAAGCUCGAGAAUUACAACAAGAUCAGUGUUGCGAUUACACGGCACAGCCUCUUGAGGAUAAUCUAUUUGAAUGGCAUUUCGUCAUUCGCGGUCCUGAUGGCACAGAGUUUGAAGGCGGAAGAUAUCAUGGACGUAUACUCUUACCAUCAGAAUACCCUUUUAAGCCGCCCAAUUUGAUGCUUAUGACUCCAAAUGGAAGGUUUGAGCUUAACAAAAAAAUAUGUUUAAGCAUCACUGGAUUUCACCCAGAACAUUGGCUACCAGCUUGGGGGAUUCGCACAGUGUUGCUCGGUUUGAUUGGUUUUUUAACAACUAAAGCAAAUGGUGCAAUUGGUGGAAUUGAUUAUACUGAAUCCGAAAGAAAAAUGUUGGCUUUAAAGUCGCGUGAUUGGAAGUGUCCCACAUGUGAUAUAUCUAACAUCGAUAAAUUACCAGAUAACCUUGAUAAUGCAGAUCAAUCUUUGACUUGUAAUAAUAAAUCUAAAGUUAAUGACAUUCCUCAGUUUUCUUUUGUGUAUGACGAUGAACGACGCACGAAUACAGCCAAUUCUAGUAAAUCACCUAAAGAUUCGGAUAACAAAGAAAAAAACUCAGGGACUUUCUCCGAGUUCUCUGGUUCCGAAGUGGUUAAACAAUCAAAAAAUAUUGUUGGGGAACAAAGUUCCAUUUCAAGAGACAUUGCAUCAACACCUUCACAACAAUCAUCACGUUCACCAAGAUCAAUAAUUAUAAUCGACAUAAUGAUCACGAUUUUAGUGACUAUUGUGAUUGCCUUGGUUACCAAAAAAUUUUUGUAA